AUGGCAGACAAUAUUACAUUGGAGGUUAUUCGGUCUCAUCAAGAUGACCAAAAAUCGCUAAACAACGAGCACUCGAAGGAGUCUACGAAUGCGCAACCUCAACCGCAAGCUCCAGUCGAGCUCGACGCUGAUGAGAAAUACAAUCGCGAUGUGCCUCCAGACGGAGGUUAUGGCUGGGUAUGUGUUGUAUGUGUCUUUUGGAUCAAUGCGCAUACCUGGGGAAUCAACAGUAGUUACGGCGUCUUUCUGAGCUACUACCUCUCCCAUGAUGUAUUUCCCAAUACUAGCGCCCUCUCAUAUGCCUUUACCGGCGGUCUCAGCAUUUCUUGCGCCUUGCUCGUCGCUCCGUUAGCAACUUACUUCAUCCAGAUUUUUGGGACGCGAUGCGUACUGAAUGUCGGCGUUUUCUUCGAAACCCUUUCCCUCAUCGGCUCCUCAUUCGCAACGCAGAAGUGGCACAUUUUCCUCAGCCAGGGUGUCUGCUUCGGUUGGGGUAUGGGUUUUCUGUUCGUGGGUAGUGUCGGCAUUACCUCACAGUGGUUCCACAAACACCGGAGCGUCGCGCAGGGCAUCACAGCCGCAGGGUCUGGGUUGGGCGGUUUGAUCUACUCCCUCGCAGUGGGUGCCAUUAUUCCGCGCUUCGGUCUUUCUUGGGCUUUUCGUAUUCUGGGAAUCAUUGCCUGUGUCGUGAAUCUGGUCUGCGCGAACUUACUUCGAGACCGUAAUAAGCUUGUCGGGAGUCGUUUGACGGCUUUCCAUCUCCCGCUUCUACGCCGGCCCGAGUUUCUAUUCUUCAUGGGAUGGGGAAUCUUGAGCAUGUUGGGAUAUGUGGCUAUCCUGUUCAGCGUCGCCAAUUUUGCUCUCUCGGUGGGCCUUACUUCGCAUCAGGGAAGCAUUAUCUCGGCAUUGUUGAACCUCGGCCAAGGUCUCGGUCGUCCCUUCGUGGGCAUGUUCAGUGAUCGGCUGGGCCGUAUUAAUGUCGCUACUUUCUUAUCAUUCCUUUGUGGUCUGUUCUGCCUGGUUAUCUGGGUCUUUGCAGAUAGCAUGGGCGUGGUUUGUUUCUUCGCCGUCCUCGUCGGGACAGUGGCGGGAACAUAUUGGGCUACUGUCUCGCCCGUCCUGGCAGAAAUCAUUGGCAUCAGAGAUCUUCCCUCUGGACUGAGUAUCACUUGGCUCAGCCUGGUCGCACCCUGCACCGUCUCCGAGGCGAUUGCCCUGGAGCUUCGAACCAAUGAUGGCAGCGGCGGCAUCUCCUACCUCCAUGUGCAGCUCUUUACCGGCUUCAUGUACAUCGGGGCUGCAUUAUGUCUGUGGGUUGUGCGUGGUUGGAAGAUUGGCGAACUGGAACGAGCUCAAGAAAGCCGUGAAUCCGCGGGUCGUUCAUCUCCUCCUACCAAUGAAGGCGAAAAGAUGAAUCCACCAGCAACCAUCUUAUCAGCUUCGACAUCUGGGCCGCCUCAUAACGCGCAGCUGUGGAAUCCGGUCGGUCUGGUACGUAGAAUGGUGUUUCUCAAACGUGUAUGA